GGUUAGUGCUAUUUGCCCUAGCUUAAGCCUGAGAAAGCGAUAGACGGAUAACGGAUGACUUCAGCGCCCGCUGCCGGUCAGCAAGCAGCACUCUCCCUCCACCAAGCUACCAGCUCCAAAAGGCGGUGAAAGAGUGGAAGGCGAGGAAGACGGAUCGCAGCGUGUAGAAGCGUCUCAUGCUGUUCGCGGCGUGUGCAGAAACCGAUAAACAACAGAGCAUGAGGGACGAGGAGGGGAGCCUCGAGCAGCGCAGUGAGCGAUGAAUGCAGGCUGAGUUCUCAGAGCCUGACUGUAUUAAAUGGGAAUGGAGUCAAGCAAAUAGGAAAUCAGCUGAGGCCUCCUGCUGAUCUCUCCUGUUGAUUCUGGAGCGCAGCGCAGGAGGGCACAGAGGGGCUGCUGAGAUGAAGACGAGCCUGAAGCAGUGGCGGCGGCUGGCCCUGGUCCUCAUGCUGACCUGGGUGCUGCUCUUCCUUGCCCUCUUCUCGUACUUCAUGGAGUCACGGGUGGAUGAGCCACGCACAGCAGUUGCUCUCUCGCACACAGACGCACGCCGCCUUGGCUCUGUGCGGGGGAACCCUCGCGCCAUCAUGGCCUCUCACCUUGAGCUGCCCACCAGUUCUGCCCCUGCCGCCUUCAGCCUUCAGCCUGAGCAGAGCCUGGAGCAAAAUCCCAGCAGUGAGCCCCAGGUUGGCCAGCUGAGCCAGGAGGCCUACCCCUACCCUGACCCACAGAGCCUGGCUGCGUGGUCAGCGUUCGGCACCCAGGACGUGGGCGUGGUGACACGCAGCCGUGAGAGGCAGGAGGAUGUCCGAGUCGCUCUUCAUCAGGAACAAGAUGAGGAGGAAGAGGAGGAAGAAGUGGUGGUGCGAGGCAUGGUGGGAGGAGAGGAAGAGGAUGAUAAUGAAGAGGAGAGGAGCAUUAUGUCUAAAAGAGCAGCGGCCCAGGGCUGGGAGGACUCUGAUCUGGAGGAGUACUACUUCUCCAAGUCCAAGUCCGUCAUGCACCACCUGUGGAAGGGCAGUGUGUCUGUGGGCAUGCUCAGUCCCCGCCUGCAGAGGGCUGUGAAAGACUACCUGAGUGCUAACAAGCAUGGAGUGGCCUACAGGGGCCGGCGGAAGCCGCAGCAGAGCAGCAAGCAGGUACUGUGUGAGAUGAAGAGGAGAGGCAGGGUCAGGACGCUGGAUGGAGCUGAGCUGCCUUUUUCCACGCUGGGUUGGAAGAAAAUUGUGCCCGCCUCUUCUCUUGAGCAGCUGUAUGGUUCGAGCUUCCGCUCCUGUGCUGUGGUCACCUCAGCUGGUGCCAUCCUCCACUCUGGCCUGGGCAAGGAGAUUGAUUCCCACGAUGCUGUCUUGAGGUUUAAUUCCGCGCCUACUGAAGGUUAUGAAAGAGACGUUGGGAAUAAGACCACCAUACGCAUCAUCAACUCUCAGAUCCUGGCUAAUCCCAGUUACCAUUUCAACACCAGCUCCCUGUAUAAGAACGUGACUUUGGUGGCUUGGGACCCUGCCCCUUAUGCCGUGAACCUGCACAAAUGGUACACAAGCCCUGACUACAACCUGUUUACCCCAUACAUGGAGCACAGAAAGCAGUUUCCUGCUCAGCCUUUCUACAUUCUGCACCCCAAGUUCAUCUGGCAGCUAUGGGACGUGAUCCAGGGCAACACCUUGGAGAACAUCCAGCCCAACCCGCCUUCUUCAGGGUUCAUCGGCAUCCUGCUGAUGAUGUCCCUGUGUGAAGAGGUCCAUGUUUAUGAGUAUAUCCCAUCACUCAGACAGACAGACUUGUGCCAUUACCAUGAGCGCUACUAUGACGCAGCGUGCACUCUGGGCGCUUAUCACCCGCUGCUCUACGAGAAGAUGCUUGUCCAGCGCAUCAAUUCCGGCUCAGAGUCCGACCUCAAGAGGAAAGGCAAGGUUACGCUCCCUGGCUUCAGCACCAUCCACUGUGAUCCCUGAACUAGGACCUCUGCAUAGAAGGGUGCAAUAAUCGUCCCCGUUUAGCAGAGGAAGCCCAUGAACCAUCCUGGGAAAGCUGGAAGUUGGGUUUGGCUGAGGCCCUGCAUGGACCUUACCUGAGGAGACAGUGGUACACAGACGAAACUGUGCUCUUACGGAACAGUUUGUAAAAGUUGCAUUUUCUGAGCCUUGUGUGAUUUAGAGGUCAUUGGGUAGCAAUAGGGUUCUCCUAGGAAAGGUGUGUUUAGAUAUUUGGUAAUUUUGCUGUUGCUAGCCAUCAUGUGACAACAUUUGAAAGUGUUUGUGUCUCUGUGAUGGUCUAGUCAAAAGGGGGGGAUCUGGGGGUGAACUAUGUAUUUGUGUGCUUUAACUGAAAUCUUGCCACAGUUGGAGUUUCUUGAGGAACAGUUUAGCAGUCAGCAACACUGAAUGUUACCAAUCCGUUCUAGACACACUAACUAACAAUGAUGAAUUUAUCUUCUCACUGAAGUAUGAAGGCUUUUAUUUAUUUUUAUUUUUUUAGUGAAUGCACAUUUUAAACACACUGUUUUUACCAGUGGUCACUAAUAACUUAUUAGGUCUCGUGGUCGUACUUAAAAGAGACUUGAAUUUUGUUUACUGCUGUAUUACAGUUUUCUCAGCUGCUUUGAAAAUAACAUUGUGCUGGACUGUGUCCUGGACUGCCAUCUGAGCUGUGUUGUAUUUUUCCCUUGAGUGUUACAUAAUCUCGCAAGGCCACUCAAAGUAGAUAACUUUUGACAUAAAAACAAUUCUUUACUUGUCAUUGCGUUGAGUAUAUAGCAUGAAAUGUCCAUAGCCAUUUUGAGUUACACUGUCAAGCAGUUGAGAAAACAACCUUUUCACCUUAUUCUGCACUUUAGGAGAACCUUCACUGCUCUUAGUGUUGGAAGCUAUUGGCGUCUUUCAGCAUAAGGCUGGAUUUGGGCUUGAAGGCCCGUAUUCUGCAUUCAUACCACUGCCCGACCAUCACUGGACUUCAGGCCUUUGGCAAUAUAAUAUUGAUCGAUUGUGUAUUGUUUAAACCAGCAUAGCCUGGUUGUCCUAUAUGUCUUGCGGUCCUCGUGCGCUCCCCAUGGAGUCGCACUCAAAAAGCGAAUGAAGAGUUUUCCAUGCAUUGUAUGCGUUGUAUAUUGAAGCUUUUUAUUUGAACUGACUUGGGGUUUUUACCCUCACAUUGUGUUCUCUUAUAUGUAAAUAGGUUUGUUUGUGUGUUUUUUUUUUGUUUGUUUUUUUUUUUUAAACUGAUAGAAAGCAAAGUUUUUUUUCUUUUGAGUUUCAAUAUGUGCCAUUUAUUUGUGAGAGGAAAAGACUUUCAAGCUGAUAUUUGUAUGAUCUAAAGGAGGCAAACUAAAAUCUGUAUAGCUGUUGUGAGUUGUAAUAGCAAAACUGGUCAGAUGUAUUCACUCAGGUGUUAGACUAUGAAAUGUGGCAUCUUCUGUUUGGAGUUGCACCACAUCCUUAUCUCAAGUCUCUCACAGACUUGGGCAUGUGAAUCUCUAUGGGUGAUAAGUAUGAUACUAUGGUGGUCCCGAGUUCCUCAUGUUUCACUUAAACAAAUGGAAAUUGACAGUGUUACAAGAAAGAGUAAUUCAUUUUUCAGUUUUGACUUCAGUAGGAAAGAUUUAAAAAUGUAAGCCUCUGUUGUUUUUGAGUAAUGGCAGGGUCAGGGAUCACAGUUUACUUGGGUAGGACAAGCAAGCUCUUAUUAACUGACUAUCACUUUGUGUCUCUCCAGCUGUCUCUGAUCAUUUUCUAUGUCCAACACUCUUACCAGCUCUCAGCAUUUUCAGAAUGAGUGAGACCUGUAGAGUCUCUGCUUAUUUCCCCUUUAGAGAGCUGUAUUAGUGGACAGAAGAUAAGACGAAGCUGUUGGUUAGUGGGUAGCAGGCUUUUUCAGUGUUUCUGCAGGAGUGUGAUACGCUCCACUGAGCUCUGUUUCUGAAUAACAUCUCACUGAAUGUCUUCUCCUCAUAAGCCUUUAACCUGAAGAGCAUUAGCACCAUCAAAACAACAGAAUGACUUUUUUGCUGGCGGUUUUGGGAGUGAUUUACCAGUUCAGAUUGUGCUGCCGAAAAGCAUUAUAGUUCACUACAUGGUAGAAAAAGUAUUCAAAAAAUACUGAUCAAUUUCAGUCCUCUUAGGGCUUUUUUUUUUUUUUUUAAUCACAAAUUGUUGUGCCAGUGUUAUUGUACAAUUACUUUUACUUCUGUUCAAAAUAAAGAACUAACUGUGUAAUUAGUACAAUGCAAAGUGGAAACGGCAUGCUAAGUAGCAGGGUUUCUAAUCUUUUGUGGUUAGCAUAGUUAACUAUAAGUCUUGGUUAACAACUAAGCUAAGGAGAAAAAAGGGGAUGUUUAACUUCCUUCUUUAAACAUGUUGAAGUUAUCAUUUUAGAUAACGGUAAUAUAGUAAUGAGUAUUGGCCACUUUGAGUUUAUCAAUGCAGUAUGUUAGGCAUGGGCAGAGAUUCUGAGCCAUGAUAUUGGGUGUUUCUCUGGUCAAGUGGUAAAGGCCUGUAUGGUGCUGGAACAGUGGUGCUGGGCAUCUGUGCUGAAUUUCUUUAUCAUGCUCUCUCAAUAUCUAUCUAGCCAUCUAUCUAGCUACCUAGAGUGCACUCUAAGUAAUUGGACACUGACACAUUUGUUUUGGGUCUGUGCUCUGGCAUUUUUGGAUUUGUAAAAAAAAUAAAAAGUAAAAAACAUGGUUCUGAGGUUAAGCUUCAGAAUGUCCCCUUUAAUGGAGGGUAGAUCCAUGUUGCUGUGUAUGUUGGAUUAUGUAAAAAUCGCAGCUCCUUUUAAAGCAGGACCUCAUUUCAGAGGCCCAUACAUAAUUGAACGUAAUUAAAUCAUGAGUAAAAUGCAUUCUCAGUGGGAUUCACUGGCCUGCAUUUCACGUGAGUCAAGAAAAUUCAACGUUUUGACUCUAAUUUCUAUUUUUACAGAUGCUUUUGUACAUUUUUUAGAAUUCCUCUUGCUCCCCUCAAAGAUGUGAGUCACUGCCAACAUGUUUGACAAAUGAGGUAGAAUGCACAAGACAUUUUGGCAAACUGUGUCCAGGAUUUACAUCUUGUAGUAAGUCCCGUAAGUCCUGCUUACAUAUUGGCUAGUGUUCUUAUUCUGUCCAGCAACCUGAAGGUAUUCUUCAGUUAGACACACUUUUCUUUUCCUUUUUUUUUUUUUGGUAAAUUUUCAGCCUUGUGCUGAACUUUUUAAUCAGCAUUGAUGUUGAGAGACAUCUACCAGCAGCCUCACUCAUCGUUUCAUUACAGAUCCAAUGUGCUGGAGUACAGAGCUAAAAUGCUCUAUUUCUCUCUCUCUUUCAUUCUUACUCUCUCUCUCUGACUCUAUCUGUGCCACACAGCCUUUGAACAUUUGACCUGGUAAACAUGUUGUAUAUUUGAAGCCUGACAUUUUGACUGUAGAAGGCAGCAAUUUUAAGCCAGGAAACUUUCAAAAGCCAUGGGAUGCUUUUGAUGGCAUUUCUUUCAUUUGUUAAUGCAAGUCAUGAUUAGACUUGAAUCUGGUUUAAAAUGAACUUGUGUAUUAUGUUAACUGUUUUCUAACAUGUAAAUAAAAAUACACAACUUAAUGUA